UUGGCAUUAUCGUGAGCAGUCAUGCGAUCUUGCUUGGCUAAACGUAAUAUACAAAUAAAAUUUGUUUAUUUUCUUUAAACUUUACAUCAAAACAUGAAAGCAACUACUGCUGUUUCAUGGAGUGACAGCCAAAAUGUAAGAUCUUUGAUUGCUGUGUACCAAUUGGUGAAAUCAAAUGAUCUAGGCUUCGUUUUGGUAAACUUUGGUCGUUUGACAGAACGUUUUUAUGAAAAAGCUCUGGAUCAGAACUACCGAUGUAGCUUAACAGUUGCUCAAAAUUUGGAGCUGGAAACGGAAUUUGCUGCCCUAGCUGACUGGAUUCAAAAUGCUAAAGAGGGUGUCUUAAAACACAAUCUGCAAGUCAAAAUAAAACUGCAGAUCAACAUGUUACAAACAGCUCGUUAUAUCUUGGUAAAAGGGAGUAAAUUUCCACGGGACUAUCAUUGGACUUGUAACGUGAUUAAAUUGGCGCUGGAAACUGCCAUCUAUUGUCACGAUGCUAAGCUUUGGACAGAAAUGGAUUGGUGUUUGAACGAAACCGAAUUCUACCAACACAGUUUCAUCCAGCGGUGGCACGAGAUUCCAUUUGAGCUUCGGGCACCCUACCUUUUAGACAGUUAUUUACUUCCUGUACUCCGGCUGUUGUGGAUUCACGGUUGCAAGAUAGACGAUGAUGAAGCCCUUGAUCGUUGCGUAACACUUUUUGAUGUGAUGGAAUUAAGCCCUCAGCAAACUAUCAUCAUCGCUAAAAUAUGUUUUAAUGUUGGACUCGAUCGCUUCCACCGCCAAAAAUAUGAAAUGGCUGCCACUUGGCUAAAAAUUUCUUAUCGCUAUGCAAUUAGCAAACUAUCAAGGAUCAAACGAGUUCGAACAUCUCCCAGCAAAACCUUGUAUUUGAUGGCUAUUUGUCUCUACAAAGCGGAUGUGUUGCAGAAUCGUGACAAAAUUCUUCGUAUUUUGGACCUUGCUGGUGAGACUUUGGCCAUUGCAGAACUGCGAUUUCGUACCUUAAUACAAGGCAAACCACAGCUACCACAUUUAGUUCAGAGCGCCUUAAAACUACUUUGCAUUCACGUUAAUCAGGACCUACCAAAUUUCAGAACCAACGUCUUGAAGGUUUUCAUGGAAUUAGAACGAAAUGGCCAUUCUCAAGUGACAGUAGAUAUGCUCAAUGCAAUCCCUUGGCAUACCGGCAGUAGAUCCGCUCUUGAUGUGACGAUAGUGCAAGAUCUAAUGCCACAUAUUAAAUGGAUUUGCGCUGAAGUUGCCGUACGCCUUUGCAUUCAGCGAAAAUUUCUAAGUGGUUGCUACCUAUGGUUAGAAGAACUCUCUCAGUGGACUCCAUCUAGAAACAUUAACUCGGAAUCAAUGAAAAGUAUUUUUGCACUGGCAGAAGCGCAAGCCAUCAAUCUGAACUCUCAUUACCUCGCUCUUAAAUGGUUUCAGACUCUUGCCAAAAUAAGUCGUCUUCAUGGUGGUCCCUCUUCUGUUGUUGCCAACGCUAUCCGCUACUCACUCUCACUAAAUUCUGAUCAGGGAUUACUCGCUGCCAAGCAGAUAUUUGAUAGUGGAAUACCGCUUGCCGACCUUGAUAUACAAAUGCUUCGUUUUAGGCUCUUGGUCGCUGCACUGGAUGAAGAUCUCACAAAGGCGAAUGAAACCUGUCUAGAGCUAGAUGUUCGUUACAAAAAAGAGGAAAAUCUGGAAGCUGAUAGCUGGGAGGAAGGUUUGCACACGCUAGAAGUAUGCGCAAUGGUUGCCUUGAAGAAUCACAAAAUGAAUGAAGUUGUUUCAACCUGUCUGGAUGCCAUGAUCAACGAGAUCAGAAAAGGAGAGAUCAGCCAAAUUGUUCGAGUCAUUCGUUUCCAUGUAAAAAUUCUGUUUCAUCCAACAAUGGGCUAUUUGGUAAAUGCUGGGGACCAUGCUUUGGAAACGGCGAAGUGCAUCGACAAUUUGAUCUCCACUCUUUUAUAUGCUUAUCGUGAACUAAAAGAGAGUAUAGAAUCACCAGAUGGACCACACGAUGGUAAUGGACUAGAGCUUUGGUUUGGAAAUCUUGCCUGGUCCUUAGGACGAAAACUAGGUUGCAUUAUGCCAGGGUUCUCUCGGCAUCAGUUCUACAAACUUUCUUAUAAAUUGCUAAGUUUGACUUCCGAAAAGGAUCAGGACAUUAAUGACAGAAUUGCUAUAGCGAUAACAAUGGCCGUGGCUAUCGGUAUCAACUGCUUGGAUCAUCAACAUUACCAUAAGAUACUAGGAAUCUGCCGAGAUGUAAUUGAAGAAUUCCCUAAGAAAGGCACUUUAAAACCAAUUCAACUACACUUCUACGAGUUCUAUAUUUUAUGUGAACUCGGAGAAAUCAAGCGGAUGUGGGAAUUGCUGCGACAAUACGAAGCGAAUGAUGGAAUAAAAAGCGACCCAAAUUUUUUCGAAGCAUUAGCAGCUUUGGCUUCCAACGCCAGUCAGAAGUUUCUACGUCAAAUCCUGCCACCCGUCGAGUCUCAUCAGCUCCCAUCAGUCGCACGUGAGCGCAAUCAAAAUCUGCAAGUGAAACUCUCCUGCAUGGCUAUUCAUUGUUUGAAGAUUUCAAACCGCAUUCAAGCAAAAUUCAAUCAACCUUUACCAAUUGAUCGAAUGGCUUUGAACUGGAAAAGGAUUAUCGAAUUGUCAUCCGAAUAUAUUUCACUUCGAGAAAACAACAUGGAUGAACAUCUGAUUUUAUGUGAGGAAUAUCGACUUUUUAUAGUCGAGAAUCGUCAGCAAUUUGAUUCGACGGAAGUUUCUUUGUUUUUCAACUAUGUUUGGAAUGUGACUGUCGAAACCAGGAUUUUUAAAGGAACAAAGGCAGCAAACAGGUGGCUGGAUAUAUUAAAAAAUGUGAGUUCUUUGUCCGUGGAACUACAAAAGCAAUUUCGGUCACUUCUGAAAGACUUAGAGUACAAAUGCAGUAAUGGUGAAUGCUGGAAUUAAAUUUAUCGACAGUUCCUUGGUUUUCUUAAAUAAUAAUGGUUGCUUAGAGAACAGGAGUACAUUUUUCUUGCAUUUGC